AUGGCCACGAUCUCGUAUUUGUGGGAUCGAGAGGCUACCUUCUGCAGCCAAGCCGACACCAUUCAUGCGCUUCAGCAGUCCUACCGAGAUGCCGUCGCCCGGGGGGAUCGCUUACAAGACGAGCUUGAUUCGCUGUACAGAUCAGCCGACCCUUUUGUCUCCUUCGUCCAGCGUCGACAUGACUGGAUGCAGGGCCGCUACGUCGAUGCAGUGCAUUCUUUGAGUGAUUGCAAUCGAGCUCUGCGGACAUAUCGAGAUCAAUCGGAGGACUUUCGUCGGCUACGCACUUUGAUACGUGCUAACGACGAGGCUCAGGGGAACUUGGAACGACAGGUGGAUGCUUUGGGGCUCAACUUCAUUCGCUCCAAGCCGAACUCAAUUCUCUCCGACAGCAGCGUGAUCAGCUGA